AUGUCUGUUAACGUGAGCGACAUGACCACUGAUCAACUCAAAACUGGUUCCAUUUAUACAACCAUGAAACAGUCUUUUGAUACACAAUUUAUGCCCGAAAAGCGUCUGAACAGGCCUUUAAAGUCGACUAUUACAAAUAUAGUUACAAAAUCACAAGUUUUGACAAAUCUAAUACCACAGAAGCAAAAUGUAUACUCAAACAUAGAAAUUCAAGCAGCUGGCUUUUCCUGCACAGGUGUAGAAGACGCCGCUCGUUGCCAAGCGUGCGGACUUGAAGUGUCCGAAUGGACAGCGGAUAUGAAACCGUUUACUAUUCAUAAGCAACGAAAUCCAGCAUGUGCUUAUGUUCGGUCGAUGGUGCCUGAAAAGCCGAUCAUAGCUCCAGUGACGAUCAUGUCAACAACAGACGAUGAUUAUAAUCCAGCAAAACGACAAAAGAAGGAUUUUAUUGAGGAAAUUUGUGAGAGUAGUGUACUGAGAGAAAUCACUCUGUUAGCGGAGGCGCGACGCCGAUCAUUUUCUCAUUGGCCUCCACACAUGUGUCCUUCGAGUGCACAAAUGGUUGCUGCAGGUUUCUUUAGUUGUAACGUUGGUGAUCGAGUGAUAUGCUUGUAUUGCAAUCUGAUCUGUCAGCAGUGGAAUCCUGAAACCGACGACCCAAGCGAGAUUCAUAAGAAACUCUCACCAAAGUGUCCGUAUGUGAUUUCAAUGGCAAAACAGCAGCAAACAAUAUUGUCACCUAAUGUCACUAAACAUUAUCCAAAUGCGAAUGGCGUAGACCCGUUUCAAUGCGUCGAAAUAGUGCACACAACUCCAUGCCACACUGAAUAUAUGGAGAUUCCUCGUCGACAAGCAUCGUUUGCGACAUGGCCAGACGAAAAUCUUCCCGCCGUCGAUGAAUUAGUACGAGCAGGCUUCUUCUAUGCAGGCUCAAAGACAGUCGUCACCUGUUUUUACUGCAAUGGAUCAUUACAAAACUGGGGUCCAAACGAUAAUCCAAUGAUUGAACAUGCGCGCUGGUUUCCAAACUGCGCCUUUGCUAAGCAGUUGUGUGGCGUUGAGUUGUACAAAAAGAUUCAAGAAUCGAAAAAAGCUCAACAAGAGAGAGCGAAAGCAAACGAUGCUAAUAAACGAGAUGGAAAGACGAAUAGUACUGUAGGCAGAGGACAACUGAUUAUACCUGAUGAAAGUGCUUUAUCACGAUUGGUGGCUGCGCGACUCGAUUUGCCCGUUUCUCGCAGGUUACACCGCCAAUAUUUUAAACUACUCGUAAUCAAGCGUGUGUGGGAAUAUCAUCUACGUUUGAGAAGUGAUAGUCUCGAUAAUCCUAUCGAUCUAUGGAUGUGCUGUACUAUUCUGCAGCGACAGAUCGAAGUUAUCUCUGGAGAUAAAGACAAAAAUAUAAUUGUUCCCCGAGUGGCCAUGCAAACAAUUCUCGAAAAAGAACUAGCAGAUAUUUGCACCUUAACCGAUAACGUGACACUUGAGGCCUCGGCAAGUUAUAAUAAUCCUCUCCGAAUCGGCAAUUCAUGUGCAACUAUUAGAAGUGUUGAUAAGUUCACCCGCUAUCUACAGCUCAAGCAAAAUCAAGAGUCAACAGAACGGACAGUUGAGCCUGUACAGCGUAUUCCAUGCAACCUUAUCGAACUGCUCAAGAAACAAGCAUACAUGCACAGCGAGGAAAAAGACGUGAAAGAAUCUCAAGAAGAGAGGGAAGAACUCGCACAAAAUGUUGAACUGAUCAAUACAGCAGUGGAUCCUACGGAAUGUUUGGCAAACAGCGAACUGAGACCGGUCGUUGCUCAAGAUAUAGAUGAUCAUCAGGCAACGAGUGAAGCAGAUGCCUGGGCCAAUCUGUGUGUUCUGUGCUUAGAGGAGACUCGAACAUUAGCAUUUGUUCCUUGUGGGCAUUUGAGCACUUGUGUACCUUGCGGUCACUCCCUCAAGCUGUGUCCAACGUGUUGUCACGAAAUCCAAGGUUCUAUUCGCAUAAAUCUCUAA